AUGACACUGCUGGCGGGAGAUGGCUCCGACUAUGACUACAGUGCCCUGAGCUGUACUUCCGACACCUCCCUCAACCCGCCUCCGAUCCAGGAGCGGGAGGCCCUCAAGGGGGCCUUCUACAAGAGGGCCCAGCUCCUCCCCCUGGACAAGGGGGGCGGGGAGAGCGCCCCCGCCGGCGCCCGCAAGCUCCACGCCAUCAUCAACGUGGGCGGCCUGCGCUACCAGCUGCCCUGGACCACGCUGGAGAACUUCCCGCUGACGCGUCUCGGACAGCUGCGGCUGUGCAACAACUUCGACGAGAUCAUGCGCGUGUGCGACGACUACGACGUCACGCGCAACGAGUUCUUCUUCGACCGCAACCCCUGCGCCUUCCGCACCAUCCUGACCUUCCUGCGCGCCGGCAAGCUGCGCAUGCUGCGCGAGACCUGCGCCCUGUCCUUCCGCGAUGAGCUGCUCUACUGGGGCGUGCCCGAGGAGAGCCUGGAGUGGUGCUGCCGCCGCAAGCUGCUGCAGCGCGUGGAGGAGUUCGAGGAGCUGGACCGCGCCGCCGAGGAGGAGGAGGACGAGCUGCUGGAGACGGACAGUGGGCCCCGCGAGCCCGCCCCCGGAGAGUCCCGGCUGGGCCUCUGCAUGGGCAAGCUGAGGGACAUGGUGGAGCGGCCGCACUCGGGCCUCCCCGGGAAGAUCUUCGCCUGCCUGUCGGUGCUCUUCGUCACCAUCACCGCCGUCAACCUCUCCAUCAGCACCAUGCCGGCCAUGAGGGAGGAGGAGGAGGCGGGCAAAUGCUCCAGGAUGUGCUACAACAUCUUCAUCGUGGAGACGGUGUGCGUGGCCUGGUUCUCGCUGGAGUUCACCUUGCGCUUCAUCCAGGACCGCAGCAAGCUGGCCUUUCUGAGGAGACCGCUCAACCUCAUCGACGUGGUGGCCAUCCUGCCCUACUACAUCACGCUGCUGGUGGACAGCACGUCCAGCGGGGAGAAGCGGCUGGGCUCAGGCAGCAGCUACCUGGACAAGGUGGGGCUGGUUCUGCGCGUGCUGCGGGCCCUGCGCAUCCUGUACGUCAUGCGCCUGGCCCGCCACUCCCUGGGGCUGCAGACGCUGGGCCUGACAGCCCGCCGCUGCACCCGGGAGUUCGGCCUGCUCCUCCUCUUCCUCUGCGUGGCCAUCGCCCUCUUCUCGCCGCUCCUCUACCUCAUCGAGAACGAGGUGGCGGGCUCGCAGGAGUUCAACAGCAUCCCCGCCACCUACUGGUGGGCCGUCAUCACCAUGACGACGGUGGGCUACGGGGACAUGGUGCCGCGCAGCAUCCCCGGCCAGGUGGUGGCGCUCAGCAGCAUCCUGAGCGGGAUCCUGCUCAUGGCCUUCCCUGUCACCUCCAUCUUCCACACCUUCUCCCGCUCCUACGUGGAGCUCAAGCAGGAGCAGCAGCGCCUCCUGCAGAGACGGACGCACUUCCUCCUCCGCAACAGGAUGGCGGGCCUCAGCAGCCUGUCGCUGGAGAGCGACGUGCUCUUCAACAGCGCCUCCUCCUCCGAGCCCCGGGACCCGGAGGACUGAGGGGGACCUCGUAGAAGCUUCCACCCCCUCCAGUCCAAACCCCUCCUGUCUUUUCCUCCAUGUCUGGCUUCGUCACAUAACCUAAUGAUCUUCUUCCAGAAAAAGGCCCCAUCCAACAUUACGGGCAAGGGGUUAAUGCAAUGUGGUCAUCACAUAGUAAGUGAGCAUAAAUUAUAUCCCACGUUGUUAAGUCACAUGCAACAUUGCCCUCUCUCAAAGCAAACAUAUA